CAGCGGUAAUCCAAUUAAUCAAAGGAAAUCAAAAUGGCGACCGAACCAGGUUUUGUUUCAAGCAACGUUAGUGUUGAAGUAGAAGGUGAUAUUACAGUACCAGGAGCUCCUGAUGAGGACGAACAACCAAGCACAUUAGAUGAACCUGUGAUCGAAACGCUAAAACGAGAUUUAAAAGCAGUGGGGAUAAAAUUUUUACAUGUUAUGAUUCCAAGACAGAGUAAAUCGCUCCUUAGAGAUUGGGAUCUGUGGGGACCUUUGAUAUUGUGUGUCUGUCUUGCAAUGUUAUUGCAAGGUCAUAAAGUAGCUGAUAGUAAUAAUGAUGGUGGACCUCAGUUUGCAGAGGUUUUCGUUGUCGUCUGGGUUGGUUCGUUUGUCAUUACGAUCAACUCAAAACUUUUAGGUGGACAAAUUUCAUUCUUUCAGAGUGUUUGUGUUCUUGGUUACUGUAUUUUCCCCCUGGUCGUCGCACUAAUCGUUUGCAGAUUUAUUCUCCUUGCUAAGCAGAAUGUGGCCUUGUUCUUUGUAAGACUUAUUUUUGUUAUUGCUGGCUUUGCUUGGGCAACAUUUGCAUCAGUUAAAUUCCUUGGAGACAGCCAGCCUCGCAACAGAAAAGCUCUUGCUGUUUAUCCAAUCUUCUUGUUCUAUUUUGUAAUCAGCUGGAUGAUAAUUUCAAAUUCUGGUUAACUUGGACUAAAAUUUCAAUAUACAUUUAGGCGCUAGAUGAAAAAUACACAUUAAAAAAAGAUUCCUUGACUUUAAGCUAAGAACGUAUCACACAUGGAUGACCUUUCAUUUUUCUGCAACAAAGACAGCAUCAUGAUCAUGUGUGGCAUGUUUCGUUAUAUUUUGGUCUACAAAAACCUUUAUGUGGCAUAUACACCUACUUGCAAGAACGUUGUCACACGAUAUUAGAACAUUAGUAAUUUAGUGAGAAUAGAAUACAUUAAAAGACAAAAGAAAAAGAUCAGCUUCAGUGAUCUUUUGUUUUUUAAUAUAAUUCCUAUCCCACUAAAUCACUAAUGUUCUAUUUUCAUAUGACAACGUUCUUGCAAGUAGGUGUAUAUCUUAUAUGUUACUGCAACAUUUGUGCCCUCAAGAGUUUGAAACUUUGCAAGACCUCCUGCAGUCAAGGUAAUUAACAGAACACAAGUGUUAAUUUAGCUAGUAUUUAUUUAUAAAACCACAAUUAAAUCAUUCCAAAUGACAUUAUUAUUAAUUGGGAAGUUAGUAACUCUUCCUGAGUGAUUGGAAUAAUUUAUAUCUUACAGUUUUAUUAUUAUUUCAUCUUGGAUUAGAACAUGCUUAUUUUAGUGGUAUUAAUUAUCAACAAGAAGUUCUUCAUUUUUGCUUUGUUGCUUUUAGUGGGCAAAAUAUCAUUGAAAUAAUUAAAGCAUAAAAGGGGCAUUGAUAGACAAAGUCAUAUCUGUUAUUUCUUAAAAACAGCUGAUUCCAUAUAGUUUUAUCUCCAAGCCUCAAAGCAUUAUAUAUUUAUAAGUUGAAAAGAUAAAGUUAUUAAUAAUACUGUACUAUUUACAUUAAAGAUAAAUUUGUGUAAGUUGUUCAAGGGUUCAAGAAUUUAUAUAAAAUUUGGAUAUAAUAAAGAGACAAUGUAACAAAAAAAAUCUUGAGUUCGUUCUUUUGGUAGCCUGUGGACUCAAAUUGGGCUACCUGUG